GGUAACGGGCAUGACUGCUUGUCCAUCCCGCACUGCGCUGUGGUGGUUUAAUUUCUACGGUGAUAGUUUCGCUUUGCUAGCAGAAUGUUUUGUAGCAGUAGCUGUGUUUUGACCGCUAACAUGCUUGAAGUAUGUUGAAGAGGAAUGAAAAUGGGAUCUCUUAUGAGCAGAUGUUUUACUAUGCAGAAGAUUUUGGGUUCUAAUUAAGUUCUUAGGAGUUGCUCCAUCUUAAGACAGCGUGCACACCCUCCAAAAACACCCCGUGACAACUUUGUCUUUGGAAGCGGGAAUCUCAUCUGUCUCUUCCUUUCUCAAAGAACGCACUGGAGAGAGCUGAAUUUGGCCACUUGUUAGAUACAGUUUCAAGUGUCCUGUGUUUGAUACACCAUGUAACCAGACAUAAUAUAUCCAGGAAUUCGUUCAGGCCUUUGUGGGUGCAGUGUGCUGAAAUUGUGUACUUGGUCGCAUAGAACACACACACAGCAAAGUACUUGAAGGUGAGCUCUUCUGUGUCUGUGAUCCACAACCUGCUAGUAAAAUCCCAUCUUUGUCCUCACAUACAACUUCGUAACUGUUCAGUAGCUGCCUUUCUUGAUUGAGGCACUUAACAACACAGUGUGGUUGCUUGAUAUAUUAGCACUAAGCUGUUAGUUCUCCAGAUGUGGUUGGUAGCAUUAAUUGAUAGUCUCUCUGAGCGAUGAAAUGGUGGCAGAACUCAUCUUAAACUAGGUCAGCGAUAAGGAGUUUACUUUUGAGGAAGAUACUGAGUUUUGGGCAACAUUAAGGUAGAUGGUAAAACAACGUAUGACUGAGAGAGAAUGUUCAGAAACCUCUUAGAAUUAUUUGGAGAAGAAACUUUGUAGAUACGAAGCAAAUCAGAACUUGAAAAAGGGGUUUGUUUGAGUUCGUACUUCUCUUUCUGCGCUUCAGUCAGGACUCAAACAAUGUUAAGGCCUGGAAUGAAGUGUAAGUAAAAUGCUCAGCUGUAUAAGGUAGUGUAGUGAGGAAGAUUAACACUACAAGUUGUUAAGAGGUAACAAUUUCAGUUACUGAGGUAAGGGGGGGGGUGUUUGAUCUUUUCCCCCACUCUUAAGCCUUUAAUCUUAAGGCUUUUACUAGUAUAAAAAUGUAUGGUACGUAAUGUAUUUAUGAUCUUGAAAGAUAUGUUUUACACAACAUUACCACUUUUUAUGUACUUUUUCAUCAGUUUCUUGCCUCUUCCCCCCAUGUAUGUCACACUAACACCUUUAGCUGUACCAGUACAGAUAAAGCCAAACAACUUUCUAGGGUAGUUAAGACUUAAGCAUAGACACUGUUAUUGCUUUAAAACAGUGCCGACAUACUAACGCUCACAAAGAAUGUUAGCAACUCUUCUUUUUAAAGAAAUAACCUUUAAAAGAUACAGGAAAGCAAGUCUUAAUUAUGUUUUCAAUAUGUUUGGAGCAGAAAGUACAUGCCCUUUCUCUGUAUGGAUGAAUAUUAAAAACUCAUUUUUGUUUCUAAGGCAUAUCCAAGUAAAAAAGCCUCAUUUCUUGGAGGCUUCACUUUGAGCAAAGCUGUUCUGUUACCGAGUUCUAUUUUUACCUGUUGUUAUGCAGUAUAGUGUUUUACUUUGUACUAGUCAGUAAACUGUUAAAGUGCAUUACACUUCGAACAAUUUCUAUUUAUUUACUUGCAUACUUGCUAAUUUGCAAUAGAUCAGCCAACCAUUGAUAUGAAUUAGCAUGACUCUACUAUGUUGCAGCAAAUCUUGGUUGCAAUAUUAAUCUCAGAUACUACGUUCCCUCCCAGGUUGGUGCUUCAAAUUCCCUCCCUACCCCCCCAAGUCUCCGUCCGUCAUGCUCCGCACUGGCAUUGGGUCCAUUAAAUAGUGAGUCUUCCAACCAGAGCUUGUGCAGCGUGGGUUCUCUGAGUGAUAAAGAAUUGGAGGUAAGCAGGCACAAAUCCGCAUGGUAAUCGGGCUUAAGGUGGAGGUGAUAGAACUCAAAACCUAGAAGGAGUUGUGUGAUAGCGAGUGACAAUAUUCCUCCUUUGGGGUGUGGAAGGGACCAGUGGAAGUAUUUAGUCUGGAUCUUACCUCUCCAGUCUCUGGGCCACGCUGUGAAAUGGUUCUUCUUGAAGCUUACCGCAGAUUUCACCCAACCCUAAAAACACGGCAUUUGUAAAGCUCAGCUUAUGAAAUUGUUUUCAGCUGUGUUGUGAUUUGCGUGCUGGCUUUGGAUAAGGUUUGGGCCAAAUCAAAAGCCAGAGAGCAUUAAUGGAAAAGUUUGCCUUACCUAUCAAAUAUGUGAAUUUGCAGAAGUCUGUACAAAGAGGAGCAUUUUUAUGAAUCGCUCUCUGGAAGUGCGGGGAGGUGAAAAUUUAUGCUUUGUCUCUGUUUAAUCUCACUGCUUUAGGAUUAACUACUUUGAAACGCUUGCUAAAGCAGCAAACUGAAUUGUAGAGUUACAGUUGUACUUUGCAAUUCCACAUUAAUAAAGCCAAGUCUCAAAUUUAAAUGCAUUUUCUUAUGCAUUAAAAGAACUUUCUGCAUGGUUAUCAGGUAAGUUUGGGAUCAUAUUCCCCUCUAUUACAUGGCAGUACUGAUAUGAGGUGUCUGGUGAAGCUGAGUCUUUCGAGAAUGCAGAAUGUUAAACUCCUUGCAAGUAAGUAUAGUUAAUAGUGGAAAACGGAGUAUUUGUUCUUCUUUUACUUGGGGUUUUUUAUGCACGUCUGUGGAGUGAUUUAAACUGACCGAGCUGACAUAAUCAGAUCUACCAUUCCUUGUUUUUUCAGGCUGUAACAGAUAAUUUUGUGUGUAAUUUUUUGUUAUGUAAGUACUUGAAUGGAAAAAACAACUUAAAAUGAAUCUCAUUAAUAUGCUCACAGCUCCAUGGAGGCUGUAAUGGAGCCUGUGGUGUUAAGAGUCACGCCAACGCUGUUCAUGAGUUGCUCUUCACUACGCAGUGAGGAGGCUAUGUCACCUCCUUUUACACAUACAGGAGCUGGUACAGCAAGUCUCUAGAUAGCUAUGGAGUUUUCAGUCCCUUCUUUCUUUGCAGACACGAUAGCCACCUUUGUCUGAACAGCCCCUUCAUCCUCUUACCAAAGCAAUGACAUGUCACUGACUGCCCAGCUGCUAAAAUGGAGCUGUAGAUGUCCAGCAGCCACCGGGGACACGGCCAGGUUUAGCUUCUGGCUGUGUCAGCUUUAUCCUUUUUAUCCUAUUAAAGGAGGUAGAUUGAUCUCUGUGCUUACUGUGUGCAAGUCUUUUGGCAGAGAUCUUUAAACAGGGUACUUUAGACUUUGGUUUCCAAAGAGCAUGAAAGUUAGGUUUACCACAAACUUUCUGGCCAUAGUUUUCCCUCCCCCAGAGCUGCGUUCUGCACAUUGUGGUUUUCUUCCUGCCCCCAGGCUAUAGUUUAGUGGUGGCUGCAGUGAUUGUAAAGCAUACAGCUCGGAAAUUAUUUGGGACCCUUUGGGAUAAGACAUGUUUUUAUAAUGACGUUGGUGGUGGAAACGACAAGAUAAUCUGUCUUUCCAAAAACCUCAGUAAGCUGCUUCUAGUGCAGUGCCUCCUAAUGUUUUCAGCAGGUUCGGCCGUAUAAGUGACCCUGGUGAUGGGGAAAGCACCAUGGCAGGGUCCCCUCCGCUCUCACGUGUCUAGGCUUGCUAGCCUUGUACAGACAGAUAGGCAUGACAGUUGUAGAGCCUUCAUGCCUGUGCUAUAUGUUGUGCCUCUGCAUAAAUAUAUCACUGUCCACUGAUAAGCUGCUCCUCAGGUCUCUGGUUGCUCACAGAAAUGGCAGAUGCAACUGACCCUGACUUUAAUGGGAGCAGAUGAGGAGUAAACCAAAGGCCGGGUGAAUUGCAGCCUUCUCCUGUCUCGGGGAGAUCUGCCUUGUUUUGUGUAUGGUUGCUGUUGUGCACCAGUGGCAGGAUAGUUCUUGUAGCCAUCUGCAAAGGGCUUUGGGAAGAAGCAUUAGCUGCAGGCAAGAUGAAUUGGACUGGUAGACUAUAAGUAGCCACUGGACUGCAAAUUUGGAUGUCUGUACUCAAACCUCCUUGUAUUCAGACUCCUCUUGUACCAAUACUGUGAUCACUCUGAAAUGAUUUACACAGGUUUUUUGUGUUUGAACUCGUUCUGCCAACCAUGUGAAGUAACUGGGCAGUAGAGGCUGCAGCUGAAAUAGAGAAAAGCCUGAUUAACCUCAUUGCUAACCAUGUUCUCUCCCUUCUGCAGCACAUAUAUCAGAAGGUAGCAGCUAUUUGAGAGCGAUUGUUUCUUUAAGUACCAGCAGUAGAAAUAAAUGCACCAGAGAAGUGAAAUGGCCACAGGGGAGAUGGAGCAGAUUAUUGUGUUUUGGCAUUUUUCUUUAAGUCUUGGAAUAACUGCAGAAAUGUUAAUUUUGAAGUAUUGUUUAACAGACUCCUGAGAAAAAACAGAAUGACCAGCGGAAUAGGAAAAGGAAAGCAGAAGCCUAUGAGACCAGUCAAGUUUGCUGGGGGAAGCGGCCCUGGAACCAGUCCUGGUAGAAGCGUGCCGCCUGUCGCCAGGUCAUCACCGCAGCAUUCCUUAUCCAACCCCUUGCCGCGGCGAGUGGAGCAGCCGCUCUAUGGGGUAGACGGCAGCACAGCAAAGGAACCGCAGGAGGAACACUCUGCUCUGCCAACGCUGAUGUCGGUGAUGCUGGCGAAGCAGCGGCUAGAGAAUGAGCAGCUGGCACAGAGGGGAGGUGGCCUCUGUUUUACUUUUGUCUCGGCCCAGCAAGGCAGCCCAUCUUCUACCGGAUCAGGGAACACUGAGCAUUCCUGCACUUCCCAAAAACAGAUUUCCAUCCAGCACAAACAGUCACAGUCUGACCUCACAAUGGAAAAAAUAUCUGCACUAGAAAACAGUAAGAACUCUGACUUGGAGAAGAAGGAGGGGAGGAUAGAUGAUUUAUUAAGAGCCAACUGUGAUUUGCGACGACAGAUAGAUGAACAGCAGAAGAUGCUGGAGAAGUAUAAAGAGCGGUUGAAUAGAUGUGUAACGAUGAGCAAGAAGCUGCUUAUAGAAAAGUCAAAACAGGAGAAGAUGGCCUGCAGAGAUAAGAGCAUGCAGGAUCGUUUGAGGCUAGGUCACUUCACCACGGUGCGGCAUGGGGCGUCUUUCACCGAGCAGUGGACAGAUGGCUAUGCCUUCCAGAACCUCAUCAAACAACAGGAAAGGAUAAAUUCCCAGCGGGAAGAAAUAGAAAGACAACGAAAAAUGUUAGCAAAACGGAAGCCACCUGCAAUGGGACAGACCCCUCCAGCCAGCAACGAGCAGAAGCAGCGCAAGAACAAGACCAAUGGAGCAGAAAAUGAAACGUUAACAUUAGCAGAAUACCACGAACAGGAAGAAAUCUUCAAACUCCGUCUAGGUCACCUUAAAAAGGAAGAAGCAGAGAUCCAGGCAGAGUUGGAACGGCUAGAGAGGGUUAGAAAUCUACAUAUCAGGGAAUUGAAAAGGAUACAUAAUGAAGAUAAUUCACAAUUUAAAGACCAUCCGACGCUAAACGAUAGAUACUUGUUGCUACAUCUUCUGGGUCGAGGUGGCUUCAGUGAAGUAUAUAAGGCAUUUGAUUUAACAGAACAGAGAUAUGUAGCUGUGAAAAUACACCAGUUAAAUAAAAACUGGAGAGAUGAGAAGAAAGAAAAUUAUCACAAACAUGCGUGUAGAGAGUACAGAAUUCACAAAGAACUGGAUCACCCUCGAAUAGUUAAGCUAUAUGACUACUUUUCGCUGGAUACUGACUCGUUUUGUACGGUGUUAGAAUACUGUGAGGGAAAUGAUCUGGACUUCUACCUGAAACAGCACAAGUUAAUGUCGGAGAAAGAGGCACGAUCUAUUAUCAUGCAGAUUGUGAAUGCUUUAAAAUACUUAAAUGAAAUCAAACCUCCCAUCAUACACUAUGACCUUAAACCAGGUAACAUUCUUCUAGUCAAUGGUACCGCGUGUGGAGAGAUAAAAAUCACAGAUUUUGGACUUUCCAAAAUCAUGGAUGAUGACAGCUACAACUCUGUUGAUGGUAUGGAACUGACAUCGCAGGGGGCUGGUACUUACUGGUAUUUGCCACCAGAAUGUUUCGUGGUUGGGAAAGAACCUCCAAAGAUUUCAAAUAAAGUUGAUGUCUGGUCAGUGGGAGUCAUCUUCUAUCAGUGUCUCUAUGGCAGAAAGCCCUUCGGUCACAACCAGUCACAACAAGACAUUCUGCAGGAGAACACAAUUCUGAAAGCUACCGAGGUGCAGUUCCCUCCAAAGCCAGUAGUCACGCCAGAAGCAAAGGCAUUUAUCAGACGCUGUUUGGCCUACCGAAAGGAGGACCGGAUAGAUGUCCAGCAGCUGGCCUGUGACCCAUACUUGCUGCCUCACAUCCGCAAAUCUGUAUCCACAAGCAGCCCAGCUGGAGCUGCAAUUGCAUCAACCUCUGGAUCAUCCAAUAACAGCUCUUCAAACUGAGACAGAGGAAUAGGCCAAAAACAAAAAACUGCUUGAGAAAUGGGCAAAAAGACUUUCAGAAACAGCUUUGGAAUAGAGGAAUCUGCAAGGGUCUCAAGAUACCUGUACCAGGUGCUUUUUUUCUCUUGCUUUUUUCCAUCCAUAGAGCAUGACAACAUCAACUCUCAUCAAGAAAACCUUCGGCAUCUAGGCCAAGCCAUGUGGAUAGGAGAUGGCUUGAGGUUUAUCCAGUAAAUGACCACAAAAGGGUGGCUGCUCUGAGCAGGGAGGGGAAACUCAAGAAUAUACAAACAAAAAGACAUGGUUCCAUGUACUGUGAACUUCUGAACAUGCAGCCUUGGGGAAUCCAGGACGCCGUGUGUGCUUCAUAUGAAGAAUGUGGACUUUGGAAAAAGACUGGGCUAGUCCAGUGUUGAUAUUUAAACAUUGUUCUUUUUCUUUUAAUAAAGUUUAGGUAACAUCUCCUGAAAAGCUCGAAGCACCAAGGUUCAGCUGGGGAUGGUAUAUGACUCUUUGCCCUUUGGAGGGGAAAAAAGUUGAUCCUGCCUGUUCAUGGCACUAGAGUUAGUGUUUUACCCCUAAUUAAUUUCAAUUUUUUAAAAAAAAUAACAAUUUUUUUGGAAGAAAACAGUUUUCUGGUCUCAAAGUGAAACCCGUAUUAGCAGGCUCAUGGCAGUGCCCGUGCUGCAGAUGGUGCAGCUUUCUGCUCCCUUGGGAUGAGGGCGGUGAAGCCCACAGGAGAACAGGCCUGUGUUGCUCUCCUGUGAUCAGAGUGGAUCAUGGCUCAUCUGCCACAAGGUUUUCAGCUGCUGCUUCACAGCUCUCACGAUGGUUGCACCUUUUUAACUUACUUGAAGUGCUGUUCUUUUUGCAAACCCCCCUGACAUGCCCAGGACGUGCUCCCUGCUCUUGUGAGCAUGAGCCUUGUUGCCUGUUGAAAAGGCGGGCAGUGGAGGGGAAGGAAUGGGAGCACAGCUCAGUGAUCACAGGUAUGAUCUGUGCUCACACAGUACUGUACAUAAUCUUGUUCAUGUUAUACAAAUCCCAAGCUGAAGCUUUAUCUCGGCUCAGUGAGGUGACUUGGCAGCGAAGCUUCCUCUCUCCCUUAACACUUCCCUUUUAAAACUUGCUGACUUUCCUAACUUGCUGCCCAUUUCAAAUGAGAGGGGAUGAGAUAACGUUCUUGAAGGGAGCAAACACCUAAGUUAUUGCUUUUGUCUCCCUUCUGUAUCAUGCCUGGAGGGGUCUUACACCUUCAGCUGGAGCCUGCCUGCUGUGAACACAAGCCUCUUGUCCCCAUUCUGCCCCUUUCACCCCCCCCAUCGAAGGAAGACUGAAAACACACACAGAAAGCACAGCACUUGAACAUGUGGCAGCCAGGUUGGAGCGCUCCGAACAUGUGGCAGGAGCUCAUAGCCAGAACCAUUUAAAGAUGCAGUGUUGGAGAGCAGGGUUGGUGGUGGAGGGAGCGGAGCGGUGCGCUCCCGCAGGUCAGGGUGGUGGUUAAAAACCAAAUCACCCUGUGCACAUUUCUUAACCCAAUACCCAGACCACCGUGGGGUGGACUGUCCUCUACAGCACCUCCAGGGUUGUCCCCACAGCUCCAGCAACACGAGGGCUGUUUGGGACUCUUGGUGUUCAAGUGGUGUUUUUGUGGCAAGCGAUGUUCUCCAUCAUGCACUUUCAGAGAGCUGCUGCUUGCCUGCCUUACUGUAAGCCAUCGUCUGCAAGUAUUAUGCUUAAACCUUGAUCAGGAACUUUUAGUUAACUGAAAACCGGAGGAGUCUGUUGAAAUUAAGCAAUGGACCUGGGAAGUGGAGAGAACUCUGCUGCUUUGAUUUUUAUUACUCUUUUUAUAGUGACUCUUGGGCUUUUAAUUGGAUGUUCUUCACUUGCAGCUGCAUUAAGGUGGUCUCUAAACUGUAGUGUUUUAAACAAAGAAAAGAAAUACUGCAUCUUUAAAUCCUCAGCUGUAAUUUCUUAGCCCUUUCCAUCCCUGCUGCUCUGUUGCAGAAGUUAACUGUUCAGCAAGCAGCGCUUUGACAUGUCUGUGUCAGGCAAAAUCAGGGUUGAUGCUUCAUCCCGUUUGCUGGAACUGAUGAUUUGGUGUCUGUCCACAUCAGGGAGAACUCUACGAGGGUUUUUCUACCCCAGCCCCGUUGUUUCUCGGACAUACAGUGUGUGCUAUCUCUGUGGGUGUGAUUAGUUUUGUGUCAGAAGCAUUUCUUCCUGCUGUGCGACACCCAGCCAGGGGCCUGGGGACAGCGUUGGCCUCUCGUGGGGCUGGCAGUGGUGAAGAACCCUGGUAGAAUUCUGCCUGUGACACCCUCCUUGUUAAUAUGGGUUUCACUUCCAAUAACAGACCCCAUUGCCACACUGUUCAUUUACUUCAAGAAAAGUGUAUGAAGAAUUUGUAACUUAAACCAGGCCAGACUGUUUUGGCUCUACCCAACAGAUGAGACAUGGAUAUUAAAAUAAGUUUUAAGAAACACA